UAGUAGAUGACUUGACUUUCCUUGUGUUUACACCCUCACCUUGUAAACGUUUAAAAAAUGCCACUGUCAAAUUUGACAGCUUAAUUUUUUCACUACUAGCUAGAGUGUUCUUGUGUAUAAAUAAUGGACUUUCAAAAUCGUCCCGGUGGUAAAACCGGUGGAGGCGGUGUCGCCUCCUGGUCGGAAACAAAUCGCGACCGCAAAGAGCGUCUCCGGCAACUCGCUUUGGAAACCAUCGAUCUGAACAAAGAUCCAUAUUUUAUGAAAAAUCAUCUUGGUUCUUAUGAAUGCAAACUCUGUUUAACUCUGCACAAUAAUGAAGGUAGUUACCUGGCCCACACGCAAGGUAAAAAACAUCAAGAGAAUUUGGCACGUCGUGCUGCCAAAGAAGCCAAGGAAGCCCCGUCAAUGUUGGCUCCAGAAAAGCCUCGUGUCGAACCAAAGAAAUUCGUUAAAAUCGGUCGUCCUGGUUAUCGAGUGACAAAACAGCGAUGUCCUGACAAUGGGCAACAAUCGUUGCUCUUCCAAAUUGAUUACCCCGAAAUCUCGGAGGGAAUCAUUCCACGACAUCGUUUUAUGUCGGCAUAUGAACAGAAAAUCGAACCACCAGAUCGUAAAUGGCAAUAUUUGUUAUUUGCCGCUGAACCAUACGAGACUAUAGCAUUUAAGGUGCCUUCUCGUGAAGUUGAGAAGACCGACGGGAAGUUUUGGACUCAUUGGAAUCGUGACACUAAACAGUUUUUCUUGCAAUUCUCAUUUAAAUUUGAACCGAAAAUAAUCCCACCUCCACCGCCACAGUUGAGAGUUAUGGGACCAGGAUUUGUACAUCCGCCGAGGCAUAUGUUCAAUGCGGUACCACCACCGCCACCGAUGGGUGUGUUGCCAGUACCGCCUCCUCCAAUGUAAAUUUUAAGAUUUUUACUUGAGUGGAUUUUUUUGUAAUUGCAUAUUUUCUUUUCUAAAUAAACGUAAACGAUACUUUAAUGAUUUUAAA